AUGCUCUAUUCGGUCGCAUCUCAAUCGAAUCCAUCACGCCAUAUACGCUGUAUCUGGGUCGACAAAAAUUGGAAGAAGGAAAAAUUGACUGACAGAAGCAUGACCGCAUCCUCCCCUGAACAAGAAUCUCUGGCAUCAAUAUCUUCCUUGGAAUGUGUUAUCAACAAACUUACGCGCCAACUGGAUGCAUGGUAUUCUUCACUUCCUGAUCCAAUAAAGCCCGAGUUGGACCCACAAGCCCCAUGCUCCCUCGUGAAGAAAUGGCUUCGUUCGCGCUACUGGUCAGCCCGCCACAUUAUAACUCGCCCAUGUUUGCUUUACGCCAUAUCGGCGACCAAUUCAAGCCUCGUUCCAACCUUCGUGAUUCAAAAUUCUCAAGUCUGCAUUGAGAGCUGCCGCAACUUUGUGAUCAAUGCCGCGGAAGCCUUAGACAAACAGACACAAUAUGCAUGGAAUAUGAUACAGGCGUGCUUGUCUUGUUCAUUGGUCUUGACGGCUGCUGCUAGAAGCCCGGCUCUCCAACAUCUUAUAUCCGAUCUGGAUGAUAUAUUGACGAAGGUCAUUGCUAUAGCAAGAAAGUGGAGACGACCCAAUUCAAGCAUACAGUUUGUUGAUUGGAUGUUAAGCACAAUCCAGAAAAGACAGAGACUAUAUGUGGUACCUUGA